UCUGCCGCAAUCCAGUGACAAGGCCGACUCCUGAGCGACCCCACACUCUCCAGAAUGUUCCGCAACACGCGGCGGCACGCCGCCCUCCUCCUCGCCGCCGCCGCCGCAGCGGGAGCUGGGUCGCUCCAUGACCACGGCGACUCUGCCGCAUCCGUCACCGUGUCGGCCUCCACGCCGCUCCGCCAACUUCUUUCCACCGCCACCACGGGGCUCCUCUUCAGCAACCCCCACUUCGCUCCCUGGCAAGAUUUUUUGUGUAUAGGAGGGUUCCCUGUACUGAAUUCCUUUGUGUCUGCAUCGGUUCCACCCACUGACCUGAGUAGCCAAGGUUCUGGCGGAAACUCAGAUGAUUCGAGAUGUUGCCCAGGAUGUCUCGGCAGGAAUUCAAUUGCCAAGGCUGCAGCCGCAGUUGGUCCUGCUGUUGUUAACAUUUCUUCUAUGCAUGAAAGUCAUGGAUGGGUGUUAGGGAAGAGCAUUGGAUCAGGAACUAUAAUAGAUCCUGAUGGAACGAUUUUGACAUGUGCCCAUGUUGUCGCAGAUUUUCAAAGCACGAGAGCAGUCCAUAAGGGAAAGGUUAGUGUGUCUUUACAAGAUGGUCGUGAAUUUGAAGGUGUUGUUCUCAAUGCUGACCGUCACUCAGAUAUUGCUGUUGUGAAGAUUAAAUCCAAGACACCUUUACCAGCUGCAAAACUUGGAUCGUCAUGUGAACUUCGGCCUGGUGACUGGGUUGUUGCUUUGGGCUGCCCACACUCUCUGCAAAACACAGUUACAUCUGGUAUUGUAAGUUGUGUUGACCGGAAAAGUAGUGACCUGGGUCUUGGAGGAAUACGAAGGGAGUAUCUACAAACAGAUUGUGCCAUCAAUCAGGGAAACUCUGGAGGUCCUCUUGUGAAUCUUGAUGGCGAGAUUGUUGGAGUUAAUGUCAUGAAGGUUAUGGCUGCUGAUGGUUUGAGCUUUGCAGUGCCAAUCGACUCUGUUGUUAAAAUAGUGGAACACUUCAAGAAAAAUGGGAGAGUCAUACGGCCAUGGCUUGGUGUAAAGAUGCUUGAUCUAAACCCAGUUGUCAUUGAACAACUUAAAGAAAGAUCAAGUUCUUUUCCAGAUGUAAGAAAUGGUGUGCUUGUUCCGAUGGUUACACCAGGAUCUCCAGCUGAACGUGCAGGAUUUGCUCCUGGGGAUGUAGUAGUUGAAUUUGAUGGUAAACCAAUUCAAAGCAUCAAAGAGAUUAUUGAUAUCAUGGGGGACAAGGUUGGAGUGCCAAUUGAAGUUCAUGUUAAAAGGGCGAACAAUGUACCUGUGACUUUGACAGUUAUACCAGAGGAAGCAGAUGCCAGCAGAUGACCUUCGACUCCAUGCUUGAAAUUCAUGAGUUAAGGGGGUAAUUUUCCAGCAGAACUAGAAUUGUCCUUAAAAAAAAUUGUUACCUAGAGACAUUUUGUUGAGAUCAUGUUGUCACUAAGCAUGGGUGAUGUAUGUUAUGUUUUCCCAGAAGGGGAAAAGGCGUAGGCAAUGGAUAUGGUAUUGCCAUGUUGAGUUAGCAGAAUGGGUAUUUUUCUAGCAUCAUUUUGGGUAAAUAUUAUACAUUCAGGUUCGGCAUGUGGCCUUAUCCUGGGUUCAUCUAAUUGAAGAUAAUUUCGUAAUC